AUGAAUAUGUUGGAUGAUGAAGAUGACCAAAGCUUUCACGCUACGCGUGACGGCUACUCCCAUUUGAGCGAUGUCGAAUGGGAUGCGGUUGAACGAAUGGGUUCGACCAUGGGCAUCCAUGCUGUUAGCGUCAUGCUAGAGGCUCUCAAUAGAGAUGCCCAACAUGCUACUAUCGCCAAGUUCAUUCAAAAUGAACUUGACGCAGAACGCGAGAAAGUAGCCUUGCUUCACCAACAAGGUUCUCAACAAGCAGAGUUGUUGAGAGAACAGGGUGCUCAACAGUUUGAACUGUUGAGACAGCAGCAAGCUGCUGCUGGCGGGUCGAUGCACUCGCGUCGGCCCGAGACUUUGAAGAUUGACAUCUCAAAGUAUAGGGGGGUCGAAGAAGACUCCCUCUUGAGAUGGUUCGUCGAAUUGGAUGACGCCAUAAGGGCGCGUCGCAUCGACGACGGGGAUAUGCAAGUUGCAUUUGCCCAAUCAAAUCUGGCAGGACGUGCCAAGACUUGGGCACUGGGGCUCAAGCUGCACGACCCAUAUGCGUUUGGGUCGUUGGAAGUCUUCAAGUCGCGGCUCAGACAAACGUUUGAACCGCCUAGAGCUGAGUUCAGGGCUCGAACCGAACUCUUGAAGCUCAAGCAGGGUAAGCGUGAUGUGCACGCUUACGCUCAACAUAUACGACAUCUCACGAGUUGUAUAAGUUCCAAUCCGGUGGAUGAACACACGUUGGUUUCGGUGUUCAUGCAGGGUCUUGCGGAUGGUCCCGUCAAGACUCACCUGUUCCGGCUUGAACUAGAUUCACUAGAACAAGCCAUUUCCAUUGCGGAGCAGGAAGACUUCAGUCUGAGACAGGCUCGCGCCAGCUCGACAUCAUAUCGUCAACCGAGACGAUAUGACAACGGAGGUCCAGAGCCGAUGGAACUCUGUUAUGUAGAGAGCGAGAAGGUUCGCUCUACAGGCUACAAGAAGUUGCAGAGAUGCAACAGAUGUCAGAAGACAGGACACUACGCUUACGAGUGUAGUGCCCCUCGUCCAGUGUCUCGCGACACUGGGCGUAGUGACCGUCCACCCAUGAGAAAGGGGCAGGGACGAGGGUCCGCAGUUGGUGCAAAGACGCAACAACGGGAUGGACCGUCAAAAAACGGACAGGAUCAGUAG